CAAUGACAUCUUCAUUGUCUUUCGGCUCUGUUGAUGGAGUUAUUACCACUGAAAAGUCAUACCAUUUUGUGCAAAAGUCAUCAACGUGAUUCGCAAAAAUAUAUUUUGAUAUCAAAAAUUUAUUUUUUGUGUUGUAACCGUUCACCAUUCGUUUACCUGUAAAUUUAUGUUUGAUCAAUAAUGGCGAGAGUUCUGAACGUAGAGGCUCAACAAAUGUGUCGAGAUUUGGAAAAUGAGCGAUUGUGCGAGGUCUACGUUGACGAUCCGCAAGUGUUUGCAGCUGAUAAAAUCCUUGACAUAAGGGCAAUCCCAACUAAGAUUGAAUAUUGUAUAAAGUGGACCGGCUAUUCUGCUGAAUAUAACCAAUGGGUAACCAACACGUAACUCCUGAUUUGAAGCGUGAAUUUUCAAUCGGGAAAAAGAAAAAAGAAAUUCAACUCUUCAAACAUGAAAAAGCCAAAGCGCGAGUAAUGCGUAAAAAACUCGGCAGAAUAGCGAAGAGUUCAAGUUUCGGCGUUACUUUAACUCCAAUCAUCGUAUCAUCGAUAACUCGUACUGCUGAAGUACGUGUCACCACUACACCAACGGAAUAUGACAAGAAGAACGGAACGUCGUCAGUGACCAUGUCAGUGAAAUGUGAACCUCAAAUACCGGAAUGGAGUACACCGAAAGAAGAUAGUCAAGAGAGCGAUGCAACGAUGUCUGAGACAUCAUCGGAAUUCGAUGAAUCUGACGUUGAAGUAACGAAAGAAGAUAAUUUUGAAUGCGAUACAUUCAUGCCUUCGGCAUCAUCGAAGUCCGGCGAAUCUGAAGGAUACGAUGCAACGAUGCCUGAGACAUCAUCGGAAUUAGAUGAAUCUGACGUUGAAGUGACGAAAUGUACUACACCGAAAGAAGAUAAUGUUGAAUGCGAUACAUUCAUGUCGUCGGCAUCAUCGAAGUCCGGCGAAUCUGAAGAAUACGAUGCAACGAUGUCUGAGACAUCAUCUGUAUGUGAUGAAUCUGAGAUUGAAGCACCAAAAUUCACUGCACCGAAACAAAAUAAUGUUGGAUGCGAUACGCCGACGUCUGUCGUACCAUCGGAAUUUGAUGAAGCUGGAAUUGAAGUCGAUGAGAAGAAUAUUUCGCCAAGCGAGAAUGACGAAAAUGGUCCAUUAGUGUCUGUGGCACUAUCGAGUGACUGUUCUACUGAAACAACACGGCGGGAAUCGGGUCAUAGUUCCGUCAUGUCAAUGACACUUGUUGCAGAAUCUGAAUCGGAUGUCGAUUCUUUUGAAAAGCAACACCAACGCAAAGAAUGGUUACUGGGAUUCAAUGAACAGUUGGAACCAGUAUUUGAAUCGGCUGUCGAAUCUUUUGAAAGGCAACACCAACCCAAAAAAUGAUUACUUGGACUCAAUGGACAGUUGGAACCAGUGUAUACACAUAUAUGUGAGUAAAUAAUAGUGUAAAAGUAUUCGUAUUAAUGUUACUGCAUAAAAUGGCGCAAUUCAGUUUCAUAAUUUUGUAAAUUAAUGUUGAAGACCAAAGUCUUAAAUUUGGCAAAACAUUUCAU